AUGACCUCGUUUUGCUUGAUUUGGUACUUCUUUGAGGACAAUGAAGGCAUCAAAAAGUUUCAUGCGCAAUGGUUCAUGCAUAGCUCGAAGACACUGCUCCAAGAAGUGGGCCAUUCACAUGCGCUUUAUUUGAUGCUCUCUGACUGCAGUGAUGUUGAAGUUGAAGCUAUCUCGCAAAAGUGUAAUGUCCACGAACUCGCAAAGGACAGUUUCCAGCCAGAUGAGUCAACUCUUGAGGAGGACAACAAUUUUCACUUUGGCUUCUCUCAUGGGGGAGUAAACUACCACGUCAGUGACUUCGCAUAUAUCUCCAUGGGGGAUAACAAUGUCUAUCAAAUUGGGUCAGAUCAAGAUAAUAAGAUAUUACAAAUUGAUUGCUGCACUUGUGUGCCUACUCCCCUUCAGCUCCUGACUCAAGGUAUCAACUUACCACUAAGGAUAGUUGUUGUUGUCAAUUUAAAAUUACCACCCACUUCCAAUGCCAUCCAAUAA